UAGACUGAUCUUGUAUGACGUACAAAUAGUUUACUUGAAUUUUAGUCAACGAAAUGAUUAAUAAUUUUGCUUCAUAGCGAUGUGAGACUUCUCCGAUCAAACUUGCGAAUAGAUACCGUUGCUAAAAGCAAUAGCUUACUCUUGUUUAUUAUACCCAAUUCUAUCUACGUAUAUCAAACUUGCUAAUAGAUACCGUUGCUGAAAGCAAUAGCUUACUCUUAUGUAUCAUACCCAAUUCCAUCUACGUAUAUCAAAAAUGACAAAAGAGGUCAGAGAUGAAAAGAUCUGCUCAAUCUCUCCACAACAAUAAUUCACUUAACUGCUGGUAGAGUGUUAAGAUUCUUUUGGUUUCUAGAAAAAAUUCAAAUAAGUAAAGCAAAAGCCCUCAAGACAAUUUUCGAAGUAACAUCGAUACGUGAUACCAAAUACAAGCGAAUCAUAGAGUGAUAAUUCCAAAUAAAUCAGGCUAGUCGACUGAGAUAACAAAUCGCCCGGUCAUAAUAUCCAGGUCUUGUUUUCAUUUAGCUACAACCACGUGAUUCAUCCACGCGUUAUUGUGCAAGUGCCCUUUCCACUUCGUCAUUAACUUCUGCUGAAUCCUUCGCCAUUGUACUCGACAGCUGCUCGAAGCAGCCUAUAGUGCUGCCACUGUCGAUAAUACAAGGUUCGACAGGAACGGUAUCUGGUGUUGCGUUUGGUAUACAGCGCAGCAUUAAGGCAAUAGAAGCCAUCUAGCCAGUCCGUUCUCAACAGCAGGCGGUCGCGACUGAGCUAGCAAACAGGCGACAUAACUAGAGGAUAUAAGUGUGUCUGCUUGCCCGUCGCUCCAUUAUCAUUUCCUUGUGUCUGGCCAGUUGUCUCAAUGACGGAUCACUGCAACAUAUAACAAUAGAAAUUAUACUAUUAUUAGUACUUCUUCUUUUUCUAUGCUGUUAAUGCAACAGCGGCUGCUUUCGCCUCCGGCGCCACCGUUGCUGCCUGUUGUCUAAGGGACACCAGCAUCGUCGUAGUCGGGUCGCUGUCCCCUUUGCUAGUACUGCAGCUUCAGCCGGUUCCACAGCAGCAGCAGCAGCAGCAGUAGCAUAGACAGCACAGCAGUCAGUCAAUCAGUUGACUACUAUGAGCCACAGCGUGCUCGAGAGCGAGCCUAAAGCGUAUGUCUCUCUGUGAGUGCGUGUCCCGUCUCUCUCGGUGUGGCCUGUCUCGUGUUACUGCCAUAGUGUCGACACAAGUGAAUUGCAUACCGUCGCUACCGCCGCUAUGUUGUUCGCCGUAAUUCAGUGAGAGUCCAGUGCCUCUGUCAGCCUGUUGUGCGUACUAGUCGGUCGGGGCAUCUGGCAACGGCACCACGCAUUCAACGUCCCGUAGUUAAUGAAACAGCAAGGCUGAGCGUCGACGAAGGCCAGUGUUUGACGAAUUUAGUGAUACUCGGUCAUUUUGCGCGUGCCUCUGCGAGUUGGAGCAAGCAUUUGUUUUCUGCACCAAAUCUGUUUGGGAGUGAGGAGAGUGAAGUCGACACGAGUGAAUGCUGAGUUACAACUUCUGGGUCUAGCAGCCGAGUCGUCUACGGGGUUGCGUCUGAAUCGUGCUGUGUUCAGGGUUCUGAGCUGGAUGAUUGUUCGGUUUCUCUGCACUGGACGGGACAGAACGCAUUCGCUGCAAUCGGUGUCAUCUAGACGCCUUCACAGGAGUCUUCAAAGCGUAUUUUUUUUAUGGUUGAACCAGCGGAGAAAGGAAAGAUUAUCUGGGCCUACUAUCCGUUCGGCCUUCGUCAAACUUCGCUUCGAAGCAAUCGUGAUUCGUUCGUUCGUUCAGCUGCUGCUCCUGUGGCUAUAGCGAGUAUCUUGGACGAUUUGUCUCGGGCGUUCCUCGAGCUGUGUUCGUCUUCAAUGUACGCGCAGCCUUGUAAAGCGACUCAAUGGUGCUAUCGCAAGAGUGCGAAUUGCUAACAAAAGUGGAACGCAACUGGAGUAGAUGUCGAUGGUGGUUAGGGCCCAGUUAAGUGCUACCGAGCUGCUUAUGCGAUGUUCAAGUUCUUGGAGUACGCCUUUAUCUCACCGGUGAUGCAGCGAUAACCAGAUUGGAGUAAUUUUGUGGACACGGCCUAAACGUGCCGAGGUCGCGAACAUCACUGAUUAUCUGGGUCAAUGAGUCGUCCAUAAAACUUGAGUUUGUUUAAAAAAAGCCUCAAUACCACCCUAAUCUCAGUAACAGGAUAUCCGUCGACAUAGCCGUAGACUAAAGGCCACAAAGUUUCGCUUCACGGUUUCAAGAUAUGGGAAACUGUUUAAAGGGCGUUGGCGGCGAUAGUCUAUCGCUUCUACGAGAGCCAAGGGAUUCUCUGAGCUCCCCAGGGGAUGCGUUGGGCCCACCUCCACCGUAUCAGCUAACACAUGAAUCCGUACAUCUUCCACAAUUUUUAUCAACACCAGCGCCCUCACAUCCCGCGGGGGCACCUGUCGUUUCGGUUGGUGGAAUUCCUCGGAGUACUCAGGAGCUUGAAGAGAUCAAACAUGCGCAAAGACAAGGAUUCAUCCGGCACUUACCGAAGGGCCCAUUUGACGGCAGCGGCCGUCAAGAGUGUCCUAUUUGUAUGGGUGAACUGGCUCUGGGGGAACCGGUUCGCUUCCUGCCAUGUCUUCACUGUUACCACGUAGAGUGCAUCGACGAUUGGCUUCUCCGGUCACUCACGUGUCCGUCAUGCCUCGAGCCUGUUGAUGCCGCUUUGCUUUCGUCCUACCAGGCGCCCUGAAGAAACCAAAUAUGAAAACAAAACGCGCUUCCGACAGAAUUUAUCGGAGAUACAAAGGAACCAAACCAGAAAAUCAAGGAGGACCAUAAGGCCCGCAAACUGUUGAACCACUCCAAUGUUCACAGGCUGAUGUAAGUUUUGGACCAGCAAGCUAAGCCGAUAUGAAGGCUAUUAUAACAUUCCUCCGCCGUAGACUCAAGCGUACGAAGACUGCUGCUCUCGGAUCUUUCGGCUAGGCGGUUUAGCAUGAAACUUCGAGAACGGAAAGCGGGGUCAUUAGAUCGCUUGUUACUUACUUUGUUCCCCUAAAAACUGGCCCACUCACAGAAAACGGGUUCGAUCCUAAAUACAGGGUUUUUCUUAGAUACGUUUGACAGUGGCGUCAUUGGUCCUCCGUCCAUCAAGGACAAAGCCGUGGAACGAAGUAGACUGGAGCAGAAGACGACUGGAGCAGUCCUUGAUGGUGCAAGUAUCAAAAAAACGAUAUACGUGUAAAUACGCUUAGGUUAACGAUUGACGCUUCGUGAAGUUCUAUACCCGACCCAGCAAGAACGGUUCUAGGGAAGACAGAACUAGAAAAGUGGACGCAAGAAUCGACUCGAGUAGUUCAGCAGAAAGUGAAGACAUUAAUAUUGAUGUACAACGAAUUACGUCCGCAGCGUGUACGCAAUCAAGAGUAGCACAGCUCAGUAAAACUUCACACUUUUGUUUGUUCAGGUCAAAAUGCAUUCGCAGCGUUCGAGUUCUCCGUGCACUUUUUAACCAUGUGUAGGCGGAAAUCAGAACUGUAUUCGACAAAACCACGCCAGUCGCCCAGUGAAAGGACCUGGGCACGAGUGAUAACUAGAUCUAUUCAUGUCUAAUGUGGAUGUUUGGUGAUAGAUAAAUGCCAAUGGCAUCGCUUAUUGCUUUGAUUUGACUACAAAAGGAGCAGCGGAAAACCUGAACAAGAUAAAUAGAUACUGAAAAAUCAUUGUCAUAUGUUCUGUGACACACAUGUACCGACUAUUACGAUUUCCACGUUCAUUGUAUAUAUUUGUUUGGUUAUAUCAUCAUCCAUUUAGGUGGCUAUUACUCUGUUCAGUUCCGAGCCACGUAUAUUCUUUUUCGCAGUUAUUAUAUGUGCGUGUAUACAAUGUUGGUAUAUGCCAAUGUUAUGCUUGGUUCAAUCAUAAUUUGAGGUCGUAGAAUUCGUAGUGGCAGUUGAAACAGUGGCAAUAAACAGGUUAUCAGACGGAACAACUGGGAGUGAAGACGUGAGAAAAAAAGAUCAGCAGAGGAGAAAUGUGCUGCGUUCCUCGUGUGCGUGACUGACACAUUUCACGAGAUAACUGUGCUUUACAAAGAGACUGGCUAUACUUAGAACGGGUAGGCGAGUCUAUGGUGAUAUUUGAACCUAGUAUACAGAGUGUGAUCGCAAUUUUUCGUUGUUUUCCCUUUGCUAUGAGUAACCUCUAAGUUAAGUUCAUAUAGUUGGUCAUCGUAGCAGUCUUACGAUUGAAUUGUUUUUGGCUCUUCAAAUUCUUUUAGUGAUAAUGACGAUAACAUGUUAGAUGAACGGCGGCAAAGAAAGGCGAGCACCGCCUGGAAGCAGAUUGCCUUUAGCUGUUCUCGAAACUCUUAACUUAUAGAGCCAGAUAGAACUUUGCAAAAAUCCUAUACGGCAAAAAACCUAACACAAACGAGAAAUGAGCGGAACGCGAUGGUUCACAUAUGUAUAUAUUAAUGAAUUUUUCGAGCGCUAGCUACAUUGCAGGUAAGCUUAGAACGAAAGUAGGGGAACGUAAACAGACGUCAAUAAGUUAUUGAUAGAAACUUUGAGAGUGAUUUUGUUCGUCAACUGUCUACCGGAUCAUCUGUACAGAUAUCUUAGCAUUUUGCUGUUAUUAUGGAUGUUCGAUCGGCAGCAACAGCACGAUAGGCUGAAUGACGUGAAGACGUCCUGCUGCGUAGUAGCUGACUGCACGACACGAUAAUACGUUACAUCUGUAUAAGUGAUAUGAUAAUGAGGCGGAACGUCGGAAUUUUACGUGUAUAUAUACACACAACUGUACAUAAGUCAUGUACGUGGUAUUACUGUGAUGGCUGUCUGUGUGCGCGUCUGUCACACAAACAGCAACACGACACAAAAAAGCGACAAUAAAACAACAGUGUAUAAGAUCGUAUGAACCAGUUUAA